GUUAACAAAGCUUCCUAAUUAAGGAUACUGCUUUCUUUAAGACUCUAGUAAUAAAAAACAUAGUGAUUUUUAUUCAAGAAAUUUUAAAGUUAUAAUUUUUAAGUAUAUAAUGCGCUCAGUAAUAUUUCUUUAUGUUUUUAUGAUUUUUACGCAGUAUGUACAUCUGGCAAGCGUAGUUUAUGUUCUUUUCAAUUUUGCACGGAACUUGUUCUUGUUAGAAUGUUUUCUAUCUAACACGCAUGAAAAACUGAAUUUUUUUAUUAUUUAGAUGAUUUCGUUUCGUGGUGAUUUAUAUCUAAACACUUUUAUUCAUAAUGAGGGUAUGGUGAUUAAUUGGUUGUCAUCGAGUGUCAGUUCUAUGGGAAUGAAUACCCAAAAGCAAAAAGGAUCACCAAAAAUGUGAAAGAACGAAAUAAAGUGAAUUUAUGCAUACUCCGCUGCAAGCAAUGUUUAAUAAUAUAAAAUAAAUUUAAUUUCGGUUUAACAUAAUUACUAAUCAAUGUUAAUAAGAGUUAAACAAUAAACCGGCUAACUGUUGUGCAUUUUGUAAAAAUAGUUAUUUUGCUAAAAUAAACAAUAAUAAAAUAAAAUAAGAUAGAGGAAAAUCGUCAUUUAAUACCACAUCUUUGUCUUCGUUUUUCCAUUAUCUCCUAAACGAUUUUCUGCAUUCGUCUUUACAUUUUUGACUAUACCAUCUCCCCCCUAUGGAUACGAAUAUAUUAUGACAUCUGUGUAAUGAAGAACGCAUUCUUGAGAGGCAUCAGGAAAUGUUGAUCAAGCAGGUGGGGCAGACGGUAGAUAUGGGAGUGACUCUAUCAAUAAAAGGGAACGGAACAAAAGCACAUAUUUAACAACGCUUUCAAACAACUUAUACAAUAACAACAUACUACAGAAUCUUUCAGCUGGCACUGAUUACGGCGGCCGGCAAAGUGAUAUGAAUUGAUAAUUUAACAAUAUAAUCGCGGAGGGAAUUUGGUUUUGCUGAAAUGCUUUUUUGUGACAAUGUGAUAACAAUAGCACGAAAUGUGAUUGUAAAUGAGUUGCAUGUAAAUGAAAUUGAAAGCCAAGAAGAAAUUAACAAAAUGAAGUAAUUUGUUAAUUUAUAUCGAAUAAGUGUAAAAUUCUAAUUGGGGAAUUAAUUAACACAUAUCAAUUUAAACGCAAAUGUAAAUAAGUAUGUACAUACUCUCACUAGCACUAGUUCUGUUUAAAACAAGUAUAUGUAGUGUUUACAAAUUAUGAAAAAGUUUUCGUUACUAAACAAAUAUUUACAGGUUUAAAUUUCGUUUGCAUAAAACUUUAAAAAAAAAUUGCGUAAUUAUGUAUGAAAAGAAAAUAAUAUGGUGACCACAGAUCUGUUAAUACAAAAAAGUUAAAUAAAAAAAAAUAAUGGAAACGCAUUGAAAAAAGGCAUAAGAAGUGCAAAAUAAGAUAAAUCAUUACUUCUAUAAGAAAAAAAAACACCACUUCGGUUAAAACCCGACUGCGUUGCGUGAGUGUCAACCGCAUGUUGAAGAGUACAUUCUUCUUUGAACAAAAUUAAUAUAAAGAUCUAGGCGAUAAACCAUCAAAGUUCGUUCGCAGUUGUUUAUACAAAAAUUCGUCUGCCUUCACGCUUUGCAAAGCUAUUCACAUGCAAGCGAUAGCGCUUGCAAUGUGAAUACGAAUGCUGAUACAGUGCCGGUAGACGAGCACACCCAGAGAACACACAAAUAUGCCAGCUGUUGAUUCUUCCAAAGCAUUUGGUAAUUCGAGUUCAUACGAAUACAAUAAAACAACAACAACAACAGCAAUGACCACUACAUCCGGUGGAGCUGCUAGUUUAGGCAAUAUUGGCGGGAACAUUGCCCAAAAGCGCUCUUCUACCUCUAAUACAUCAGGUCUUCCCGAUGCUGUUUCGCAUUUUUACUAUAAACAUGGUCUCUUCCUCUCCAGCUAUCCAACAUGUGCCGCUAGCAUUGCUAUAAUGGCAAUAUUACUAUCGUGUUACCCACUCAUAAAUAUUCCGCUACCCGGCACCAUUCCCACCAAAAUAAUGUUGCCCUUCGACGGCCGUUACUCACUUUUCGCAGAACAACCACAACAGAAUGUCUCAUUGGUUAGGAAUUUCUUCAGUCCCCCCACCAGCAGUAAUUUCAGCUAUGAUCCACCAUUUCCAUGGGCAAAAAGUUCACCUGUAUUCUACGUACAACAGAUAAUGUUACGCACUAGUGUGCUGCCUUGGACCGAAGAUAUGCAGCUAAUGGAUGCCUAUCGUGCGCCAUUGUACGAAGUUUUUAAAUUGCUGGAAAUUGUGCGCAAUCAUGAAAGCGCCGACAAUAAACGCACAAUGGAUCAAUCUUGCUGGCAUGUGGAUAAUGUAAAGCGCGCGCGCGAUGAAAAAGUAUUAUUCCCCGAAUAUAAUUGCUUGUUAUUGUCGCCGGCGAAUUUAUGGUCUCAAGAUGUGCAAAAUUUCACGAAUGACUCAAAUUUAUUGAACACCAUCUUUCAAUAUCAUAAUCUCCAAAAAACCAAAGUCUCCAUCGCCGAAAUGCUCUUCGGUGUGCCAAUGCAAGAUACCGGUUUCAAACGUUAUCCACUUCGUUCGCGUUCGCGUAUAAUACAAUAUGCCAUCACAUUGAUACUGAAGCAAAAUGAUCAGGAGUACUUGAGCACGCUGAAGCAUAAACUCUUCCAGUACUAUCCACCGCUACAGCUCAAUCCAACAACAACUGCUGAUCAGCCAACAACAAAAGUCGGUGAUGAGAAAUCAACCAUCACUUACAUUUUCUAUCCCGAUGAGUUUAAACUGUGGGAAUUUAUGCCGCUGGCCAUUGCUUUUGUGUUGUUGUUCAUUUAUAUGUAUUUUUCGGUGCGUAAAAUCGAAAUAAUACGCUCACGUCUAUUGCUCGCAAUUUGUGCUGUUAUAACAGUGUUAGGCAGUCUGACCAUGUCACUGGGAGUUUGCUCAUUCUUCGGCCUCACUAUCAGUUUGCAAUCGAAGGAUGUGUUUCCGUAUUUGGUUAUACUUGUAGGUCUGGAGAAUUGUCUAGUCAUAACGAAGAGCGUCGUUUAUACGCAAGAGACGUUCGAUGUAAAGAUACGUGUCGCCAAAGCGCUCAGCAAGGAGGGUUGGCACAUUUCCAAAACGUUGCUAACCGAAAUCACCAUACUCACCAUUGGUUGCAUCACAAUGGUGCCGGUCAUACAAAAGUUCAGCAUAUUCGCCAUUAUCGGUUUGCUCUCAGAUUUCAUGCUGCAGAUGUUGCUCUUCCCCACCAUACUCGCAAUGAAUAUCAAACUGCCUGAAUACACGACCGAAGCGAAACAUUUGCCCAAAAUGAUGUUAAGAUGCACGAUGACGAACAGCACGGCAACGCCACCGCCUGGUGGCUUUGGCAUGCUGCCGAAUGGACGUAACGAUUAUCGUUUCUACGAUAAGAGUCAGUCGUAUAUGUCCUUAGCGGGAGAUGUGUCCGCCACACCACACCAGCCAAUGAACAACGGUGGCUUCGGCAUGUUCCAUCGUUCACAAUCGCAUCCAAAACUAACAUUCGCCGAUCUCAAUGCUCAUCCAGCCGACUUAACCGCAAAGACUGGCAUACAACCGAAUAAAGAUGGACGCAUACCGAAGCGGCUGCGCAUAGUUAAUUUCUGGGCGCGUACGCGCUUCUUUCAGCGUGCCUUCAUGAUUUGGAUGAGCGUUUGGAUAUGCACGAUCGUUUACAAUUCAGGCUGUUUGGAGAAUCUUUUCGCAAUGGAAGGCAAUCGCACAGCGUACGGCAAAGACGAAGCGCAACGAUUUGUCAAGACGCACGAACAAAGCGCAGUUUCGAGCUUCUUUACAAAUAUGCAGCAUGCAAUAAAUGGCGCGGCAACAGCUGAACAGAACAGUAAUGGGGAGGAGGCAGCAGUGAAGGGACAGCGCGACGGCCGUAUACCAAAAGGCAAGAAGUCGUUGCAUGGCAGACAGAAAGGCUCAGCCGACGGUGGAUCCUUUAAUGACACGAAUGCCGAGCUGCGUCGUCUGCUCUAUCCAGACUAUGAAAUGAAUUAUUUUCUCUCAAAUUUCCAUUGGUGCACCAUUAUGAAACAAUAUAAUAUUUCGCUAAGUGGUCGUUAUGUAACUUUGCUACCCACCAUCAAGCUAACGCAUCCUAUUAGCGCCGAAGCGGCGGUACUCAUACGCAAUCCCAAAGAGAAAGUGGCGCAAAGUUUCCAAUGGAAAGCGCUAGCCGCUGCCCUUGACCCCAUUGAUUUUAACGACGAUGAACGCCGUGAAUCGCCCAUGGUAUUUCCAGGUGGCACACCACUCUACCCCAAAAGUCCGAUGGAAUUCUUUUUUGUCAUUUCCAUGUGCUUAAUCAGCAUUUUUGUGCUCAGCUACACAAUGGUCGUUUUCUAUCGUUGCAUUUGCACACGCAACUAUGCCGAGUGGCGUUCCAGUUGGUAUGAGUCGUCAGAAAUACAACAAAAAACUGAGCACAUACUCGAGGGUGUUCCCACAAAAAUUGUCGGCCAUAAGCAUACGAUCGAAUGUUUAAUAACCGAUGGUUCGCAUAUCAUCAGCUGUUGUCUGCGUGGCCAAAUAAAGGUGUGGGAUUCACGCAGCGGUGAGAAUUUGACGACAAUUCAUCGUGAACAUAUGCAGAUAGCAACAAAGCGUGAAGACACGCAGGUGGCGGUCGAGCGUUUGCCUUACUCGCCGAUUUGGUGUAUGAACGCGUUCGAUAAUCUUGUGGCGGUGGGCUGCGCAAAUGGCCGGAUCGAGUUGUGGGAAAUGCCAGACGGCAUCUUAAAGUGCAUUUCACCUGGUGAAGUGAAGUCCAACCAAGGCAUAACGCACAUUUAUAUAAAUGGUGAUCGGGUCAUUGUGGCGCGUUUGUGUGGGCGCUUAGAGUUCUUCCGACUUGAAACCUAUUGCAAAGGUCAACAAAUCGAUUGGAAUUUCACGUCAGCAUAUCGAAGAACACACACACGCACCAGUUCCGCCGGCAGUAUUGGUCUAAUGCACAAUACGCAACAACAACGCGGCUAUUUUGCUGGUCAAUCGCCGCCACCCUCUAACAAGGAGGAAAUGAAAAUCACGUUAGAAGCAGUGCGUUUCGCACAUCAGCAGCCCAUUACCUGCAUGGAGGUAUCUAAUGGUAUGGUCUUCACCGGCAGUCAGGAUCACACGCUUAAAGUGUACAGCCUGACAAAUGCCAACAUCGAAUACACACUACACGGUCAUUGUGGGCCAAUAACGUGCCUUUUCGUCGACCACUGGCAACCGGGCACAGGUGGCUCGGGUUCCCAGGAUGGUAUGUUAUGCGUAUGGGAUUUAUUCACUGGCGCUUGCAUGUACAAUAUACAAGCGCAUGAUGGCGCUGUCACGGCGUUGGUAUGCGCACCCACAUAUGUUAUUUCGCUGGGUGUUGAUGAACGUAUUUGUGUGUGGGAACGUUUUCAAGGCAACCUAUUGACUACCAUCAAUAUAUUGAAUGCAUAUUCGCGUUUGUUGAUGUUGACGCCAUCGUUGCUUGUCACUUGCAAAAUGGGUUCCCUCAUCGUUUGGGAUGUGCGUACUGGUGAACCAGCGCGUGAAGUUAAGCUUGACCGCGCGAAUUCACUACUCUGUCCGAAAACUUUAAUGCUCACCGGUGAUGCUGUUGUAUGCGACUACGGGAAUGAGUUGCGUGUGGUGCGUUUUCCUAUAGUUUCAGAUAAAUACAGUUGAACGAGCUACGCACUAGUCGAAACUAAUAAUAACUAAUUAACAAUAAUCAAAAGUGCGUCCACACACAGUUUUGAUAGCAGAUUUAAAAAAUAUUGUCUAUCUCAACUACUAUGUACGUCCAUAACUCACACAAAUCACCAGAUUGCCUGACACCCUAGAGGCUGUGGCUAAAGCCUUGUGGCGUUUAUUUCAGAAGUUGUUGGCAUUGAAAACAAAGAUUAUGCAUAAUUAUUCGUUAAAACUUUAUUUAAUAAAUUUAAAUCCUUCUCAGAGAAGGU